AUGAAUAGAAUAUGGGAAAUAAAAUAUACAGACGAGAUGGAUUAUAUCGUCGAGGGCCUGGACAAUGAUGAAAUAGAUGAAUCUUUAAGGAUGAUGGUUGGUUUGAUGGAUGAUGAAAGAUUCAAGACUUACAUGAAAGAGUCAAGGCAUCUGGAAGAAAUGAUUCAGGUAGUGUCUAAGAAGAAAAUGUCGAAGUCUGCAUCAAGCAUGUUAAUAGAAGCACUGUCCCAAGUGUUCAACCCAUAUUCGUUUACUGAUCUUGGAGGGCUGUUUAAAACUUUGCUAAUGAUAUUUGACGAUCUUCUGCCGGACAGGACGUCUCUUGAUUCUUUUUCUUGUAUUGAGUCAAAAACAAAGGCUAUUGUAGAAAUACUCAGAAAGAUCCCAAUCAAGUGGUACUCUAGACUUUCCAAGUGUGUUGAACUUAGAAAAAUAGUGUUGGGUUUACAAGUGUUCAUGAGUGAAGGAAUAAUUAAGUGGAACAAGUUCCUUCUUUCUCUCUUGGCAGAAUGUCCCGAGUUUGAUCUAAGCGAAGGUUUUAUCGAAAUUUUACUAAAGAAGGGAAAAAACUACGAGGUAAUAGCAAAUUAUACAAAGCUCGAAGAAAAUGUUGGAAGGCUGUCUUUAAGCCCGAACUUUAAGAUAUAUCUUAGGAAAGCUGUUCUGAAAGAGUUCAUAAAAAGCAAAAACUGCAGAAGUCUUGAGGAUGUACCGAAAGGAAAUUUUUCAGACACUAUACCAUCUGUUCUAAAGCGUAGGGAAGAAAGUCCAAGAGUUUUGAAUAGAAGAAAGUAUCUGAUGAUAAUACUCGUCAAUUUAGUUUCCAAGAACUUCCAUCUUGGCAUUCCUUUAGGUAUAAUUGCAAGGGUCUACCACACUGUUGACAAGGUAACGAGGUGUUACGUAGCUUUACUCCUCCUUAUUUCCAUCCAAGGCUCUGAAAAAGAUGCUAUUCAAAGUGCAUAUGCAGAAGACCUUAAAGAAAAUGUAAGAUGCCUGGCCUUCGAUCCCAGCAGAUACCUAUGCAAGGAGGUUCUUGAUAGGCUGGUAGAAAUAUCAAGUUAA